AUGGCCGACCAGACAGCCGUCAUCAGCAUAUCGAAGUCUUCUCUCGGAGUUCUCCGAGAGGCCGCCUUUUUGGUGCUUUUGCUCGCCGUUCUUUAUAGUUUCCUUGCAUGCGCUGCAUUCUCAGCCGUAUAUUCUCUUUCCAAGAGCGGCCUGCGUUCUUUACCCAACAAGCUCAACCUCGCUGCUGUGAUUGUCAUGUUCGCGCUGACAACGAUAUAUGUCAUUGUUGAUUCUCUACAACUCUGGGCUAUAUACGAUGUGGUGGGCGGUAACCUUCACUCAUUCGAAAACCCGAUCUUGUCGAAUACCGUGGGGAUCGCGAUUUUACAAGCAGUCUACGGGAUCAACGCAGUCCUCGGAGAUGCGAUCGUCCUGUGGCGAGUCAUGGUGAUCUGGUCUUGGCGAAAGCGCAUCGUAUUCCCCUGCUUGCUCUUACUCAUCCUCGUAAUCGUGGCCUGGGUACUAGCGACCGUGCCUUCAUUGUACAUGUCCGUAUUUGCAACGUCAGUCUCCCUCGCGGUCAGUGUGUGGGGCACGAUUCUCGUCUCAGUGAAAGCUUGGCAGCGUCGGCAGAUGCUCCGCAAGAACGUCGCACUUAUGUCGCGACAUAAUGCUCUGGAGAAUGUCUUCAAUAUCCUAACAGAGUCUGGCAUUGCCUACAUCUUGCUCUGGACCGUCUAUCUCAUUGCCGUCGAUAUCCCGGGAGGCACUGGAUUAUUCAAGCAGAUCAUAACAAACAUCGCAGUUGUUGCCGUGCCGCUUUACCCGACGAUGGUCGUUAUACUCGUUGCGAAGAACAAAACCCCAAUCUGCAACCAGCUGACGGAGAUUGAGCCCAUCACUCAGGUAGAGUCCGAGGGUCGCGAUCUCUUGGGUCAAGACAGCGAGAUGGGAAAAACAGAGACUGUGCUCGAUAUACAAUCUGAAUAUUGA